UUUAAGUUUUAACUUUUAACACAUGUUUUUAAUUUUAUUUAUAUAAUUUUAUAUAUUUUUUAAUUAUGAUCUUAACUAACGCUACUUUCCUGCCUGUGAUACUACACAGUCCUAACAACCAGAAAGCAUUUCAAAUUCAAGAUAAACAAUACUGACGUAAAUAACAAUACUGCCUAUUAUUAUUAGCUCUACGUUAAAACUCAAAUUUAGUCUACUAACAAAUGACCCAUGUUUUUUAUUAAUCUAAUAAAAGAAAAAUAUAUAUUCCAAAAUUUGCUUAUUGUUUUAGAUUUGAAAUUUAAAAUUUGAAAUAAUCACAUACAUUGUGGUUCCAAUUUUCAUCGAUUUUCAACUUCCUGAUCAUAAACUGAAUCGCCGUCACCAUGGCCAAAAGCAACGACGUCACCAUGGCCACGAGCAAGGAGGAUGUGGGAUUGCUGAACCCGAACCUGGACAAGAUGCUAUCAAUCCCACUGAAAAAGAGUGAUCCGGUGGAGCUGUACCAGCCGUUACGCAAGUUGGUAGCUACAAAAUUCUCAGAGAGCGAUGCAGAGAAAGUUGAAAGCGUUCUGGAAACCCUAAACAAAUGUCGCAGUGACAUGGUGGAGCGAGGGGACCUCUCCCUUCCCAUGCAACGUGAUUGCCUCAUCCACUACUUCAAAUGCCUCUGCAUGGUUGAGCCACUCUUCACCGCUGACUCCGACGACUCCGACGGCAUCAUGUUUUUCUGGUACGACGCCUUCGACCCUGACUAUAUAUGUGUGGAUGGAGUCUCCUCCCAUAAGAGUAUCCAAUUGGAGAAGGCUGCUGUUCUCUACAACCUUGGCGCCAUAUACAGCCAGAUUGGAGCCUCUUGCGACCGCACCACCGCCCUUGGCCGUCACCUUGCAAUGGAUGCCUUCAAUGCCGCCGCCAAAUUCUUCUCGGAACUCUGGAAGGGUUUCGCCAAGGACAUCUCCGCCACCUUCGACUUGACUCUCGUCUUCACCGAGACGCUGCACCAGCUGUUCUCCGCUCAGGCUUCGGAGCUCAAAUUACAGCAACAACUCGACGACGACAAAAGCAACAACGACGCCAGUUCCGCUUUCCAAAAACAUCGAUGUGCCCAUUUGUUUAAAUCGGUUUCUAAGCAUUAUGGGAGAGCAUAUGAUCUGAUACUAAGUGAUCCGGCUGCAACCAAACAUGUCUGCUUAUUUGACGAAACUUGGAUACCUCAUCUUCAUCAGAAGCAGAAAUUCUUUCGGAAAGAGGCUCGUCAGAGGAAAUCAUUCAUCCUACCCGAACCCAAGCGACCUAAAACAUCCUCAUCGGUCCAAUCUUGUCCUCUUGAUCAUGAUGCAGAAUCCAUCACGGAAAAAUUAUUGUACACUUCUUAUGACGAAGAAAGAGUGCAUCUUCGAUUCGAAUUAGAGGAGUUAUUAGAUCCUUAUCUUUGA